AUGAGCGUUCAAGGUUUCUGGGCUUUAGCAUGUCAUCCCGGUAAGACUUACAGUCAAAUUGUCUCUGCACCUUUCCGUAUUGCCAUGGCUUCUCUUACCGAGAACGUCAAGGAUAACAAGCGUACAUCCAUCACUGUCAAUGUAGACAACAAGGAGUUUGUUCUCUGUACUCUGAUCCCUAACAAGAUCGAACAACAAACUUUGGACAUCUCCUUCGUUGAAGGUGAGGAAGUUACUUUUGCCAUCAAGGGUGAGAAUGUUGUUCACUUGACUGGAAACUAUGUUUUCAGCGAUGAUGAGGAGGCUAUGGGCUCUGAGGAUAUCUCUGAUUCCGAAGAUGAGGAAAACUUUGAUCCUGAGGAGUUCUUGAAGCGUCUCCCCCCUGGCAUGACACAAGAACAAAUGGUGGAAAUGUUGAACCAAGAAGGCGAAUCUUCAGAUGAAAUUAAUUCUGAUGAUCUCGUUUCUGCCGAGGAGGUUGACGAGGAAGAUGAGGAAGAGUCCGAAGAAGAGGAAGAGCCAAAGCCUGUCGUCAACAAGAAGCGUGCUCUUGAAGCUGCUCCCAAGGAACAACCUGCCAAGAAGCAAAAGGCUGCUCCUGCUCCUGCUGCUCCUGUCGCCAAGGAAGAGCCCAAGAAGAAGGAUCAAAAGAAGGAGGAACCCAAGAAGAAGGAGGAACCCAAGAAGAAGGAGGAACCCAAAAAGAAGGAAGAGCCCAAGAAGAAGGAAGAGCCCAAGAAGAAGGAAGAAGCCAAAAAGAACAAGAUUACCAAGCUACCCAAUGGCCUCAUUAUUGAAGAUGUCAGAGUUGGAGACGGUGUCUCUUGUAGGGCCGGUCAAAGAAUUGGUAUGCGUUAUAUCGGUAAGCUUACCACUGGUAAGGUCUUUGACAAGAAUGUCUCUGGUAAGCCUUUCAACUUCCUUUUGGGCCGUGGUGAGGUCAUUAAGGGUUGGGAUAUUGGUGUCGCUGGUAUGAAGGUUGGUGGUGAACGCAAGUUGACCAUUCCUCCUGCUUUGGCAUACGGUAAGCGUGGUGCUCCCCCAGACAUCCCCAAGAACGCCACUCUUGUCUUUGACAUCAAAUUAGUUACCAUGAAAUAA